CAAAGUCGGAUAACUAGUGAGAGAAAGAGACUACGCCCGCACUGGAGAACAGGCAUUGAUCUACAUCUGCAGCCUCCGGGUCGCAGUUGCCGUUCGUGGUCAUGGAUGAUUUUGUUCGGGAUAAAUUAUCUGAAUGGAAUCUCAGCGAGUUCAUAGAUACAUUUAAAGGACAUGGCGUCGACAAAGACAGUUUUUAUUGUAUGAAUGAAAAAGAUAUCGCCGACUUGAUCCGCAACGUGGGACCAAGGUCAAAAUUCAGGGAAAAACUCAAGUGGUUAAAGGAACAAAAAACUGAAAAUCCCGAAGUCGUUGAUUCGUCUGCUCAAGCUUGUGCGUCCACCAGUGACAAAAGUAAUAAAGGGAAGAGAAGGUCAGAUCUGCAGGGUGAGUCCAGCCAAUGGCAAUCCCCAAUCAAAAAGCCACGAUUUACAGGAUCAUACAUCAGAGAGGAAAUACUACUGUCUGACGUGAAAAACAACAUGAAGUUAGUUCUUCAGAAAAUUCCUCAACAACAAAACAAGCUCAACAACUUCCUGAGGAGAAAAAUCAAUGACUUGAAGACGGACAAGAGGGAGGUGGUCGGUCUCUUUGGCAGAACUGGAGCUGGAAAGAGCUAUUUGAUAAAUACCGUCAUUGGAGAGAAGAAUCUCUUGCCCAGUGGAAGCGUCAAUGCAUGUACCUCAGUCAUGAUUAAAGUGGAGGCUAAUGAGCAGAACUCAAAGUAUGAAGCAGACAUCGAGUUCAUAACGAAAGAGGAGUGGAAAGAUGAGUUAUGGUUCUCUAAAAAUUUCCUUCGGGAAAGUGCGGAUCGGGGAAGAGAUGAGGAUGAAGAGAAGGAUCGUAAAGACAUUGUGGAAAAGCUGUCAGUGCUGUAUGGAGAGGACUGGGAAAACAAAUCUCCUGAAGAGCUCAUGGAUGGCAAAUAUUUCAAAGAGAUCCCAGAAUUUCGGCUGUCCAAGAGGAAGCUGUUGACAGGCCAAACAGCUAAAGGGCUAUCAAAAAAACUAGUCAUAUACACAAAAAGCAAAUCAGAAGAUGGAGAAGUAAACGCAAAGAGGUGGUAUUGGCCUCUUGUGAAGUGUGUGACUAUCAGGGUGCCAAAUAAUGAUCUUCUGAAGCACGUCACACUUGUGGAUCUUCCUGGAAAUGGGGAUCGUAACAAGAGCAGAGACAAGAUGUGGAAGACGUUCGUUGGAAGUUGUUCCACUGUGUGGAUCGUGACUGAGAUAAAACGAGCUGUAUCAGAGCCUGAAGCCUGGGAUAUACUGAAAAGUGCCUGUAGCUUCAUGGGAAAUGCUGGCCAGUGUCAGCAGAUUCACUUCAUCUGCUCCCAGUCUGAAGUAGCAUGUAAUGAUCCAGCCCGUCCUUCAACUGAUGUCCGUGCUUUCAUUUUGAAAAGAAAUAUUAAAGCCAAGAAAGAAGUGAAAAAAGAAUUCAGAAAACUAAACGAGGUUACGAAAUAUUUCAGUGAUGAAAGUUUCAAAGUGUUCACAGUGAGCUCCUACGAGUUUCUUCGAAAGACAGUCCUAAAACCACAUGAAACUGAAAUACCUGCACUUAGGAAAAGUCUGCAGGGUCUCAAUGACUGUCACUCAGUGACAUUAAACUAUGUGAAAGGAGCUCUCGGGAUUCUCUCUCUGAUUCAAGGGGCCAGCCGUACAGAUGGGACUGACAUAAAGACAGCUGUCUGCACAAACCUUGAACAAAAGAUGAAGGAUGCACUUAAAAAAGUCCAAAAAUCAAUGGAAGAGACUCAUCAGGUUUUUGAAAAGUGCCUCAGUGAGGGAGUUAGGAAAUCAAAAAUGUCAUGGUACAAAAACUUGACAUCAGUCAUAAUGCCUAGAAACAAGAAAGGUAGUAGUUUCCACCGGACACUGAAGAGCAUAGUACAGCACGAUGGCGCCUACAAGGCAAAAAAGGGGAAACUAAUAAACCUCAACAUGAAGUUAUCUUCAUGCCUGACUCAGAGCAUUGAUGACAAAUUCAAGAAGACCUUCCCAAAUGAAGGAGAUUGUGGACAAUUCAACGGAGUCCUCGAUUUGUUUUCACUUAACACGAAGACGAUGAGAAAGAACACAAAGUACAAAGAUAUCAAACUGCAACUGAUAUUUCUCAGCACAGAGGAAGACAAGAUAAAGACAAAACUCAACAAAAUCAUCCGCGAUCAUAAGAAAACGAUCUACAGCAGUCUGACGACAACAAUUGAGAAGAGCAUGCAGGAAUGCUAUGACGUUGCAAAACUCAUUGAAGGAGACGGCAGUCUGAAAAGGAUGAGGGACGCUAUUGAGAAGCACAUACUUGGGUCAAAGGACGUCAUGUUUCAGAAAGCUAAAGAUGUUAUGUUGAAGCAGCUGAGAGACUUGAUGCUACAAAUCCCUAAGGACCUAAAAAAAACAAUGAAGGAAUCAAUCAAGCUGACGCUCAAGACAGAUGGCGUCUCAAUCCCAGAUGUUGAGGAUGAGCUUGAGAUGGUGAAGAACCACUACAAAGAACUGAAGCGGUCCAGAUGAAGAACCACUCAUUUGUAUCAACUGACGAGCCCUGCGUGUGUGCUGAUUAGAGACGUGAGGCCUCUGGAUUUGGUCUCAACCCUUUGUCAAGUCAUCAUAUUCUCUUUAAGUGACUUCUUUAUAUGUACUUUUCAUUAGUUUGGUGUGAAUUAAAUGCAGAGACAUUUUUAUGGUCAAUAUCUGGGAGGGUAAUUUGAGCUUUUAAUUGAUUAAAGUUCAGAAGCAGACAAACUGUGGGGGGUAAGAGCGGAAUGUCCUGCAGCAAAGGUCCCCAGUCGGAUUCAACCCAGGUACAUUGUGGUUUACAUGGUAGAGAUCUUCUUUGUUACCAGUCCAUCAUUAUGGUUUUCAUGAUUUAAAAAAAGUAUUCUUCUUUAAGUUUUUGUCCAUUUUUUAAUCGUAGUUUAGUAUUGGUUGAUUGAGAUUGAAAUGUCGAUGAUUUUAUGGGGGUUUAAUAUACAUCCUGAAUUUUGAUCACAGUAUGUUGAAUUUCUCAAAGACAUUAUAAGCUUUUAUUAAAAGAAUGAUCUGACCUUUUCUUUUAUUGUUCAAGGAAAAAACUUGCUUACUGCUAAAUAAUGUUUUCUUAGUGUGUUAAUCCAUGUCUCAGAAUUGGAUAGAACUAGAUGAUCGUAAUACACCAGCCUAUCUGGUUUCUCAUUAUUUACUGAAAUAUUGUUGUGUUUUAAUCUACUCUGAUUCUAAAUGCAUUUAAAGUAUCUGAUCAGGUAUACUGUCCAAUGAAUUCACUUUCAAAUUUCCAAAUGUUCUUUGGCUUAUUUGUCCUUUAUUCUGUAAAAGGAUCUAAAUGCCUCUUCAGGUUCUCACAUUAGUUUUUAUUGUAGAGAGAGAGAGAUAAACAAAUAAUUUUUAAGACGUGUUUUGUCGGUUUGUCCUGUUAAUGAUUGUACACAAAGACAUGAAGACGUGUACAAACCGGUUUGAUAAAGGUGUGUUGUUAUUCAUUUAGGAUUCAUGGUAAUGGAAUGUGUUGAACCUGUUUCUGCUUCAAGGUGCCACAAUUGAGACAAACAUGCAGGAAUACUAUGACGGUACGAUACAAGAUCUUGAAAUAAAAACUGACUUUGUAAAAAAUUU